AUGUCGACGACCAGUGACGGGUCCGCAGGGUGUGCGGUUUGCGGAGACCGAGUGAACGGAUCACGAUAUGGUGCUCCCGCCUGUCUCGGAUGCAUCGUCUUCUUCCGCCGUGCCGUCAUCAAAGAAGCAAAAUACAGAUGCAUGAAAGGGCAAACGUGCGAGAUUACUUUUUCGUCACGAUGUAUCUGUCGCAGCUGCCGGUUGUCGAAAUGUAUGCGAGUUGGAAUGAGGCCAGAAGCCAUCCAGCGCCGCGAUGUGAUGGGCCCCCGAAAACCCAAGGAAAAGAAAGAGGAAAUCCCCGUAGAAUCUCCCGAAAUGCCAAACACAUCGUCGCCAGUUAAGCCCGAAUGCCUAUCAGUUGCGAGCAGUUCAGGCGCUUCCACCGACUCGUCCUGGAGCAGUCCAGACAGCGUGAUGGACCGUGUGAUGCGAAUCCAGCAGAAGCAGCGCGCCUCCCACAAGGCCCAUUUUGCCGCGUACGACGUGGGAAUCGACGGCAGUGAUGAGAUAUUUUUCGGGCAGAUUGAGAUUCGGCUUCACCCCGGCGGCUCAGGGCCUCGGAGGGCAAGGAAACACGACGUGAAUGCGAUGUUACGGUGUGGGCUGAUGGAUGCGGCUGAAUGGGGGCAAUCCUUCAAGGAAUUCGCCUCAUUACCGACCUCGUCGAAAAAGCUCAUCCUCCAGGACUACGGAUUCGCGGUGAUGCUCAUCGACCAGGGCUACCAGACGAUACAGCAAAACGAUCCAGACCUGUGGAUUCUGCAAAACGGGACGUACAUGUGCCCGGAUUACACGCGUGGACUGCCAGCUCACGAGCUUCCACUUGUGGAUAAAGACAAAGCGAAAUUACAUCCCUGCUUUGUCGCCGAGGCCAUCAAAGACGUCGGGAUCCCGAUGCGCGCUUUACAAGUAGACGAAUACGAGUGCGCCGUCUUGAAGACGAUCAUCCUCCUGUCGUACCGGAAUCACUUCUCGGAGCGCCACCGUCGAUCGGCCUUCACCCUGCAGACGAAGCUGAUCAACGAGUUGAUGGACUACUGCAAGGCGCGCGAGGGCGAGAAGGCAGCCGAGAGACUGGGCGCCAUCUUGCUCCUUACGACAAAUAUUCGCUGUUCCGUCUACUGGGCCUACACGCACACCCGGAUGCACGACGUCUUCGGGAUGAUGAUGUUCGACCCGCUAGUACGCGACGUCUUCCUCUCA